AACCUCUGCAUUUCUGUUUAAAGAAAUAGAAAGUUACAAAGAAUUUGUAAGAACUACUAAAUAAAAUCCCAAAUUAAAGAUCUAGUUGUCACUGGAGAAAAGCUUGUGAUCAUUGCGCCCUCUGCCGGACUUUUAGAGAACUGUAUUUCAAAGACUCGCCAGAGGCCAUUUUGAACAUUCCUGCUAUUAUCACAAUAUUACACAGCUGUGUUUGAUAAAAUAGGGUUUGUUGUUCAAUUGCGUUUUAUUUCAUGUUUCAUUUUUUUAACCGCAGUUAUUUUUAUUAGCCCUCUGUGUUUGACAUGCUAAAAUAUUUGUAUUUAAAAUAAGAAACUAUUGGACACAUAAUGUACAGCCAUUAUCAAACAAAUAAUAAAAAUAAUAAUAUGGGAUCACAUUUUACCAGUGUAACCUUUCAGAAUAGUAUCAGUUUGUUUAAUUUAUUUCCUGACUUCCCAUUCCCAGACAAAAUUGUCUUUGCAAAAUUUGAAAAGCUUUAGAAAUAGAUUUAAAACAUGCAAAUGUAAUAAAAGUGUUAAUUUAAUAUAUAGCCUACGCCAUUUUGUACUUGCAUAGAAAACCUCUUAUCAUAAUUAAGAAUGAUAAUAAGACGUCAUCGAUCAUAAAUUGUAGGCUAAUAAAUAGAUUUAUAUUUUAAUUUAUAUUUGUUCCUCCCUUUCUCUUUACUUUUUUUGUAGAAACGUGUUUUACCGGUACCCAAGGGCAUUAACAAACUUUUCUCCCAAAGUCCAAGGCGCACCUCUGCUGGACAUUAAUUAGCACUCCCAAACUUUUCCUAAUGAGUCGCUGCCUGCGCGCCGCGCGUUGUGUGCCGGACCCGUUGCGCGCAGGGCGUUCGGUCGCGUUGGGGUUCGAUCCGGUCGCGCAUGCAUCCAUGUGAGAUGUCGGUCAGUCGUACAGAUGCGAAGGUGUUCUCCGGAUCUCCCUCCCUCUCCAUCUCCCUGUGUUUUAUGUCUGCGUCACAACAAGUCGGAGGAGAGCGAGGCAGAGAUGAUGAUGGCGUCCUGCUCGGGUUGAUGAUGCUGAUUCUGCUCUCCUGACAAACGUGCAUCCACUUCGAUAAAGAGAAACGGGAACAUGAAGCUGAAGACGGACGGACGGACAGACGGUUGCGCACUGACUGCUUGAGUGACGCGCGUUUGAUCCACCGCGACUCUCCAAACGCGCCGAUUAUUCGGGACAGUGAUUAAGACGCAAAAAAACACCGGGCAUCAGACGUUUCAUGUGCGGCUGAUAUCUCUAACCCGUCUCUGUGACCCAAACAGAGCCGAACACUUUAACGCAGGAUGGGGGGAGUUAGUGAAGGAGAGGAUGUUUUAGCCAGAUGGAGUGAUGGACUUUUGUACCUUGGUAAUGUCAAGCGAGUAGACAGCGUGAAGCAGAGCUGUUUGGUCAGAUUCGAAGAUAACUCUGAAUUCUGGGUCCUCAGAAAAGAUAUCCACUCUUUCUCUUCAAAGGGAGAGGAGGUGUGCUGUAUCUGUGAUGCUCCGCCCCUUAAAGAACCUCUCAUAAACUGCCUCAAAUGUCACCACGGUUAUCAUCCAGAGUGCCACACACCCAUCAUCGACCCUGAAAUUGACCCCAACAGUUGGAUAUGUCGCCAGUGUGUCUUCGCCGUAGCAACUAAGAGAGGGGGUGCAUUAAAACGGGGACGCUUCGCACGACUCAUGCAGAUCAUGAAAUUGAGGCUGCCCUAUCAGCUGUCAUCUUUAGACUGGGACCCGCAACAUUUGACCAAUCAGCAGCAGUGUUACUGUUAUUGCGCCGGACCGGGAGAGUGGAAUCUGAAGAUGUUGCAGUGUGAAAGCUGUGGGCAGUGGUUUCAUGAAGCGUGCACUCAGUGCCUGAGCAAACCUCUUCUCUAUGGAGACCGCUUUUAUCAGUUUCAGUGCUCGGUGUGCACAAACGGUCCGGAGACCAUUCAGAGGCUUCCUAUGACCUGGGCAGAUUUGGCUCAUUUGGUGCUGUAUCAUCUCUCCCUGUGCUGCAAGAGAAAGUAUUUUGAUUUCGAUCACGAAAUCAUGUCCUUUACAAAUGAAAACUGGGAUUCUUUGCUUCUCGGCACGCUAUCAGACACACCGAGGCAGGACCGCUGCCAAAACCUGCUCAACGCUUUAAAUUCCCACAAAGACAGGUUUGUCUCGGGGAAGGAAAUAAAGAAAAAAAAGUGUCUCUUCGGUCUUCAAGUGCGGGCUCCUCCUCCUCUGUCAUCUGACAAAUCUCCUUACAUCGCCGAACAGCCUAUCAGCAUCACUCACAGGAAAAGCCCGACGUCAUUGCCCUGCCAGCGGAGAUCAGUGGGUCCAGAGACUCGUAAAUCCAAACGUCGGGUCAUAGAGACACAGGCUUGUCCACCAGCGGUUACAGCAAACUCAAUUGACCUGGUGCCAUGUUGCCAUGGUUAUGUAGAUGGGACAAGCCUUUACAACCCCAGAAAACCAGAAGAAGAGAUGAACUUAGGUUCACCUCCCAAGAGAAUGUACGCCCUCUACCACCCUUCAUAUAAUGGAUCUCAGGACCUGUCUCGAACCCUGCAUCAUUACAGUGCAGAGGACCCAUGUCGACUUCCAGCCCCCUGCCUUCCAUACUCCCUCUCCACGGCUCACCCUCCAGGGCAGCGGUUCGAAAGCUGCCCUUCUCUUUACCUCCGUGAUGUGCCACCCUACCCCAGCACAGUGGGCAUGGGGGGACCCACAGCGAUGGGAUGGGGGGGAAGCGAUGCCGUCCGGAUCCUGGCCAGGCGCGUAACGGCAGACGGAAAAAUCCAAUAUCUGGUGGAGUGGGAAAAUGUAAGCGUGUACUGAGAAACAGGCGUAAAAAAGAUACAGAGAGAGAGUUAAAAACAAGAUGUACAUAGAGGAAAGGGCUAGAGUUAUCAUUAGGGUUUGCAUGGUUACGGGCAGAGGUGUUAAAGCAUCGCUGAGCAGGUGGGUGUACUGAGAGCAACAGCAGAGGAUGACGACAAAUCCAGGUUGAGCUACACUAGGAGAUUAUACUGUUAAAUCACUUGUUUCUUAAAUCUCGUGUUUCCUAUAUUUUGAAUACUGUUAGAAAACGCCUUUAGAAUGCCUUGAAUUUUAUUAUCAUGGUUUGUAAAUGCGUACGCUGUUCAUUGGCAUCAUUUUGUCCAUGUACUCAUAACAGUCUACACACUGUCUGAAAAAAAAUGGUCUCUAGCUUUCACUGGGGCGUUUAUCUUUGUGUAAAGAGUUCAUAUUGGUGGUACAUAUUAGUACCAAAUGUAUGCAUAUCUGUACAUAAAUGAUACAUAUUUAGACCUUUUUGAAGUCCCGGUGACAGCUUGUGACAAUUUUUUCUGAUAGUGUGCAAACUUGAAGACUCUAAAUAAACUCAUAAAGUCACAGACCUCAGCUUGUCCAAUCAGAAUUUAGAAUCUGUUUUAUAAGGAUCAAAUUUACUUCCUGUACAUUCGAAAGGCACAGAUCAUAAUCAGGCCACAAAAUAUGCACCUUUAAAAUUGUGGAUUAUGUCUAUCAAUAAAACAGAACUGCCUUCCAAAGGUGCUUAAAUAUUUGAUGUAUUAAACUUUAUGAUGUGCAUUAGCUCAGAGCAUUACACUGUAUGUUCCAAGUAAUUUUUAUGUCUACUGCGGUUAUUGUGUUUAUUCUAAUGAAUUGAUCAGGUUCAGAACGUCUCCGAUACAAACUAAACAUGCAGAUCAUUUUACCUGGAAAACAAACGUAAGGAAGUUGGUCCUCAUUUCAUCAGUGAAUGAUAAUGAAUGUACCGUGUGUGUUUUUUAUUCAUGGUAUGUGCUUGUUAGGUCAUAGAUUUUAUGUCAGGGUGACACAAGAAUUAGCAAACUGUAGUCUUUUUAUAGUCAAGUCAACAUUUAAUUUGAUGUAUUCUUUGACGUUUCCGUCAGAUUACGUUUUUACUGUAUGUACUCUAGGUUGACACUUAAAAUGUAAACAAAUAAUACAAAAAAAAUAAACUAUUAUGUUGUAAUAAAGUGCACUAGCUUGUCAACUUCUUUCUUU